AUGAUUUUCGAUGGGGCAGCAGAAGAAUUCAAUCCUGAUGAUAUCAAUUCGAUAAGGAGUGAAUCUGAAGAUUUCCAUACCGAUGCUGUAUUUGGAAAUGGUGACAGAGUAGAGACUACACUGUCCUCAAAUGGUGUUUUGAAGCUUUUGACAACGGCAGAAGGGAAUGAACAUAAUAAAGAAGGACAAGUUGACAAUGAAAUUAAAGAUGUUAUCAAAAAUGGUGAUAGCGGUGAGAUAUUUGCAAGUGAUGGUGUUUUUUUACAUGAGCGAAAUGCAUAUCCAUUAAAACAGAAUUGGCAGGAAAAAUUACUGCCGCACCAUGAGAAGAAGGUUGAAAAAUCCAUCAAUUUCGACCAAAAGGACAAAGGGUUUCCAGUUAUGCUUGGUCAAACUAUAUCUGAAAAAUGGGCCAAAAAAUCAUCACGGCAAUCAACAUCGGAAAAGAGAAUUAAAGAUAAUGAGGAAAAAUCAGCGACAGAUGACUAUUUAUUAUCGGAUAAGUUCCUCGAAACAGAUGAAGAUGUGGUAUUCGUUUCAACGCAAAAUACUGCGAUUACCACGAUGCCUUUAUCCAGGGAAUCGGCACCGCUAUAUUGGGUUAUCCAAGAUCCAAGACUGACGAAAGGAAGACGCAUGGAACUUCGAAAGAAGAAUAAACACGAAAAUAACUUGGACCAUAGAGCAGUGACGACAGUUACGACAACUGAGCCUCGUCUCAAAGUACACAUCGAUCGUCGCUUUGAGCUACCGUUGAUUGAGGAUAAAACGGUCGUAUUUUCGGUUGCAAACAACGCAAAGAUAACGGAAUAUCAGUGGAUUGCUUUACGUGAUCACUGUGCUCAGAGAACGAUCCCACUGUUAUCGCUAAAAGGAAUUGAUCCACCGCAUGAAGAGAAAAUUGGUGCACUUUUGGGUCAGUCUCAUAACGUUACAUCACAUCGUAUACAAAUUUUGAAUUGCAAUACAAUUUUCAUACCAGGUUUUGUAUUCAACCAAGGAAACGAUCCACCAGAAACAUAUUUCUACGUUGGUAUUGGACAUUUUCCUGACAGGAUUGAAAAACAAGUGCGCGCCUACGUUGUUGGGCAACCACCUGAUCAACCAUUAAGGAAUUAUGAAGGUGAAAAUGUGAUGAUACGUUUACCGAAAACAUACCGUACAUUUGAUAUUGACUUCAUUUCGAUAUUCAAUGAAAUAGAAGGACGAUCGUAUGGACACGUUAUUAUGCCAAGUUUACUUGUGCCACCGUGUAAUGAUUAUGAUGUUAUCUAA